AUGACAACAAUUGCUUCUUUAAAGCGGCUAUCGGCCAAGUCUCUUUCUGAAAAGAUCCUUGAGGAAGUCAACGUUACAGAUCCCACAUUCGCUGUUAUCGAUGUUCGUGAUAAUGAUCACAUCGGUGGGCACAUCAAGGGGUCAACCAAUGUCCCCGCACACACUCUAGACUCUAUGAUGCCAACUCUGGUACGCCGCCUCAAAGACAAAAAGACAGUCGUGUUUCACUGUGCGUUGAGUCAACAGCGAGGUCCAAGUGCCGCACUCAAGUACCUGCGAGAGCGGGAUGGUCUUCUGCGCUCCAUGGGUGAAGACCCCAAGGGCGAGAGCGGCCAGGAUGUGUUUAUUUUGGAUCAAGGGUUCUCUGGAUGGCAGGAAGUCUACGGUGAGGACGAGAGGUUGACAGAGGGAUAUGUCAAGGAUCUUUGGGAAAAUUAUUAA